GGGGAUGGCUAAUGAAUAACACCUCCCUCGAGUAACUCCUCCUGCUCAAUUGUUUCUGCGAACCAUACAUUCGAGCCCCAUUAUCACUCGCCCCGUUAUCGUUUUGUUGUGCACCUGCUCGGUGUUCAAAAUCACAGCUUUACUUUGCAAGCAACUCAAAUCUACGACAAGACAACCAAAAUGGAAUACUUCACUCUAUCAGGCUUGCUGUUCCUCAUAUUUUGGGCGCAACCAAGCUACGCGAUGACUUUCACGAUACAGUUUCAGCACUGGUAUCCACAAUAUGCCCCCAUCUGGAAAGAUAUCUUGCAGACCAAUUGCACCGACCAAUACGCACUAUAUCUCACUGGUUUCAAGAACCACUCGAACAUCGACUGGCGUGGCGGCGGCGGCACCCUCUCAGCCCUCACGCAGCCUGUCAUUCUGUGUAUCCUCAACAACUCGUCCGACUAUCUCCAGUCCGUCCUUACCAGCGCCCAGGUGCUGCUAGGCAUUACACCGACCGUCCUCGCACUUCUAAGUGCCAGCAACGAGGAGCUCGCCAUGCUGACCGUUGUGGCACGUCGUCCCAUGCUUGCCUCGCUUCUCGCCCUCGGCAGCCCAAGCGUGUACUUGAGUCGGGCUUUCGACUAUUGCAAUCCAAAGGAUAUUCUGGAGGGCAAAAACGACAGGCUCACCCAGUGGCGUCCGGCUGGAGCCGCGAAGUCGGCCGUUGCGAUGGCGGAAUAUGUCCUGGCGAUCGCCGCCGUUGGCAACGUCGCGCACGUCAGCUACCAGCUUGGCAUCCGGAGUGUCAGCUCCAUAUGGUCCGAUACCGUCCUCGGGCCAAUGAUCUGGGCUCUUCUAGUCAUCGUCAUUCAUGUCGUCGGGACUCUUAGCAUGUGUUUCCGUGUCCGCAGGGACAUGGGAAACACCAGAGGAAUUGGCGGGUCAGUCGACAAAGGACCGAUCAAGUGGCUUCGAAAUACUUGGUGGUUCAUUCGAGAGCUGCCGUCUACCGAGAUGACACCUUCAGUUGCUCAGUCGGAUAUGGAGGUCACCUUCAUUAAAGAAUCUCCGAAAUAUAUCAUCGUCUCGUGGUUCCUGUCCCCCUUUAUCAUCUGCCAUAUCAUCUUCGGCACGUUCCUUAUGUCAAGUCUAUUGUUUUUGGGGCCGAAGGAUGCGCUGGGAGUUGCGGGCAGAUACAUGGGUUCUGUUCUUGUGUGCCGCACUAUCCUUCUGUAUGAAAUUGCUGGUAUGCGAGAAAUGUAUCUCCGGUCCAAAGAAAGCAAGGAGUCUGCCAAGUCCGGUGUAACGGAGGGUCUUGGUGGUGCGCAAGCUUAGCAAUUUAACACUCAAGCCUAAGGUCUGUACGGCACAGCUAGUGACAGGAGCCAAUCCAUACCAAUGGCUAGAUCUAUGUACUCGGCUGCGAUUGCUCUAUAGACCUGCUGCCAAAUAUGAUAGAAUGGAGAAUACCAGAC